AUGACGGCCUGUUGGUCCCACGACCCUGACUCUCGUCCGGAAGCAGAGGUGAUCGCCAAGGUCACUCAGUUCCCUCCCCUGCCGCCUCCCCCUCUUCCGCCAGCCCCCAGACCUGCCGAGGUUCGAUCGGGUUCGAAGAAGCGCUCGCCCUUUGUCACCGCUAUCGCUCCACUCGCGCAAAACAGCCACCCGCAGCAGCUGCAUCUGCCCGCCGUCGCCGACACGGGUUUCGGACAAAUUCACACUGUCUACCGAGUCGACGCUGUUGAAACCGUGACCUGCGCCAUUUCCGACUUGAGGGGACGUGUUUGGAUUGGGGGUAGCGGUGUUCCAAACAGCGCCGACCCUGGAGGCAAGGCAUCGGCUGCGGCAGCGUUUCUGGAGACAAAAGCCCCUUCCGAGGAUAGGCUGGUUGUUGUCGAUGGCGCCUCGAGGUGCUGCCUCGCGUGCUCCUGGUCCCCGAAGCCCGAUCCGCACCAGUCCAUCCCCACUCUGCCUCCCAACUCCGCCCUCCCUUUGAACCUGCCCGGCGGUCACCCUGUUGCACUCGCUGUGAGCCACGAGGGUCAUCUUUGGUGCGCCGACUCCGUUGGCCGCCUUCUGAUUUUUUCCACUUCGUCAUUGAGUUUGCUGGCUUCCGUGGCCUUGUCGACGCUGGAGCCGGCCAUGGCAGGUGACUGCAUUUGGAUGCAGUCUGUCGGCGAAGCCGAAGACGCCAUCUCCGUCGUGUUGGGCCUUUCGACCGGUUGGAUCUGUUGCGCGUCCUUCACAGAGCCCGAUGGCAUCGUCAUUACCUGGGCCUUAAACAGUUUGGCGCCAGCCAAGAAGUCCAGUCACCAUCAACAGCAACAGCAGCUGCCCACCGGCCAUCUCUACUUGUGCGCUUGCCGUGUUGCCGAGGGCACCCUGUGGCUUGGUGGCGGUCCCUCGGUUGUCUCGGAGAUCCGGCAGGCGAAGGAAUCAGGCGGCUGGGAGUGCCAGGCCACGUGGGCUGUUCCUCUCCUGCCCAAUGGCAAGCAGCCGACCCGCGUGACACCGCACAACUGCGGCCGUAUUUGCACCCCCGGACCCGCCGUGACAGCACUCACCAGCGACUUUGAGUGCAACUCCGCCACCAAGGAGACGAGGGCUUGGAUCUACUCGUACCCUUGCAAUGAAAUAAGCUGCUGGUCGGUUCGCACGAGGACGCCUCUCCGAUCGCUUAAACUCGAUGCCGAAGGCGUCAAUUUGCUGUUCAACCCCUCUCUAACAAUCCCAGGAGCUUUGCCUGACUACACGUCGUCGAUCGGAUUCCCAGAACGGGUAAUUUGGAUUCCCAGGGUCGGUCUGUUUGCCGGUACAUCGAGGGGUGCCUUGGUGAAAUUCGAUUGGCCAGCAAGUGGUAGUGAUGAUGGCAAUGAUGCGCCCAUUGUCGCACGGAUCCUCCGACUCCACCGCGGUCCGGGGGAUCCCUGUUUUAGUCUGCUUACGUCGGCACCACGGUGUGCCUCACAUUCGAAGGGCCAAACCAUGCUCAGCCUUGGCAGGGGCUUCCUGCAUCCGCUUCACCAGUGUCUUUCAGCCAGCCAAAAUUACACCUCUGAGUACACAACUUCAUCGUACUUCUUGAUUUCUCUGUUUUCAGAUGAACACUUCUCCGACAUUUGA